GCCAGGUGUAUAAAGGUGCUCCUCUCUCUCCAUCUGAACAGAACCUACGGUAUCUACCUGUGAUUCACUCGACAACAAGAGACUAUCACCAUGGCGAUGAUGACCAUUCUUCUGCUUCUCAGCGCUGCCUUGGCUUUGGGCAAUGCAAAGCCCUUACAGGAGGCCAAUGAUGUGGAUCAACUCCUUGCUUUUGAGGCUAAGAUGGUGGCGGAGCUGCAUGAGUUGCAGAAGGUGCAGGAGGAGGAGCAGCAGGUGCAUGAGGAGGAGCAGGAGGUGCAGGAGGAGGAGCAGGAGGUGCAUGAGGAGGAGCAGGAGGUGCAAGAGGAGGUGGGGGUAGAGAGCAGGAGCUUGUGUCCCUCAGGCUGGACCAAAUACGGAUCCCGCUGUUUGAUGUUUGUACAUGGCCCCAGCACAUGGAUUGAGGCAGAGCGGUACUGUGUGCACUUUGGAGCGAACCUGGCGUCAGUUCACAACUCCCAGGAGUAUCAUUUUCUUCAGGAGCUGGUUAGGAGCCAUACCAAUGGGUUCCCAGGCACCUGGAUCGGAGGCUCUGAUGCUGUCUAUAACACGAUAUGGCUUUGGAGCGACGGGUCCAGGUUUGAUUACCAUGGCUGGAACCCAGGAGAGCCUAGCAACAACAACAGAGAGAGAUGCCUAGAGAUGAACUUUGGCGUACAUAAGCGCUGGAACAACAAACCCUGUCACUACACACUACCCUCAAUCUGCUCUAAAAGACUAUGCUAGAUGAACCUCAUGUUUAUUACUUCAUAUAUUACUGCAUAGAUUACUUUAAUCAGUUUUUAAUUAAUAUACUUGUUGUAUACUUGUGAUAUAUAAAUAAAGUUUGAUUUCAUUUGA